UCCUCUUAAUUAAUUUGUUCGUGAAAUCAAAUCGUCGCCACCAACCACACCAUGCCUUGCCUUUACAUCUCCACCAACGUCGACUUGGCCGGAGCCGACACCGCCGCCAUCUUCUCCGCCACCACCACCGCCGUCUCCUCCAUUAUCGGCAAACCCGAAAACUUUGUGAUGGUGUUGCUGAAAGGGUCGGUGGCGAUAUCGUUCGGAGGGAACGGGGAGCCGGCGGCGUUCGCGGAGGUGGUGUCCAUGGGGGGAAUAAACUCGCAGGUGAAGAGGAACCUGAUCUCCACCAUUGCCGCUAUUUUGAACGAUAAACUUUCGGUUCCGCCGGCGAGAUUCUUCCUUAAAGUCCACGACACCACCGCUGGUCGACCCAUUUCCAAAUUAUGACUCCUCCGGCCACGGCGACUGCGACGGCUGCCAUUGUACCGGUUUUUAUAUUAUUAGUUUGACUUUUUUUAAUUAUUAUUUUUUUUUUGUCGUGACAGUUAAUUGGAGUUGUGUAGUUGAAAAAUAAUUCAAACGCCUAUGAUGGCUAUGACUAUGAAAAUGUGAGAGAGAAAAGAAGAAAGAGUCCUCUUUAUCGCUUUUGUAUUUGAUGGGUUAUAAAAUUAAUAUAACCAUAUAUACAUAUUUUGAAUAUAACAAAUAUCGUGCGGAUUGAAUUCA